UCAAACAUUGUGUGUAUGUUUUAAUAGUGAUUUUAGUUUUUCACAAUUUUAAUGUCGUUAAAAUUUAAAUUGACUUAUUUAUAUUAUGUUAUGUGCUAUCUUUUUCCCGACUCGAGUGUAAUUUUAGAAAACUAUUGAUAUGUAUUAAAAGUUACGUUGUAAUGGAGCUCGUUACAAAAUUACAAUGGAACUGGAAAGAUAUGUGCGGACCGUUGGGAUUUCAGCCUUGGAUCGACGAAAGAAAAGAUUUUGGGAAGUGCUUCCAGGAACUUUGUUUACAGAUACCCAUAUUAUUUGUCACAGCAAUAAUAUCUGGAUAUUAUGUUGGCUACAGAAGAGAGUGGGUUAUACGUGAAAAAACACAAGAGCGUGCCAUUGUCUUGCGCAGUUUUGCAGUUUUAGGUCUAACAUUCAUUCCAAUUAUAGAAUUAUACAUUUUUAUAUCAAGCAAUAAAUUUAAUCUGUUCCCAGUUGAUUACUUUACUGCUGGUGCAUCCUGUCUCUCAUGGUUAGUGCACUUUGGAUACAUCCUGGCACUCAAACAUAGACUAGGUCCGAGCAGUCGCGGGCCUUUGAGCCUAGUCCUUUUGUGGCUUAUGACAGUGGUGUUCAAUUUUAUUUCCCUCCGCACAAGUAUAAUCACUGGAUCCAUUGUAGGAUUCAAUAUUGCUACACUAUGCUGCCAUGUUGUGUAUUUUAUCACACUUCUACCAUCAAGUGAGUCUAGACCAACAUUUUAUUCACCUCAUCUUGUUGGAUCCCAACAUUCAAGUAGCGAGUACACACCUUUACUGCCACAUAUGGAUGAGGGGAUUUUGGGCACAGCAAUGCAAGGCACAAGUUGGUUCUCUAAAUUGACUUUUUUGUGGGUAAAUCCACUUCUUGACAAAGGUUUGGAAAAUAAAUUAACUGAUGCAGAAGAACUAUAUGAUAUACCCACAGAGUAUAGAUGUUCAUAUGUUGGUGCUAAAAUGGACAAGGCAUUGAUUGGCAAUGUAGACCAAUUUCAGCAGUAUGCUGAAAUACCACAUGAACCAUUCAUAGGCUCUGGAUAUGGUUCAUUAAGUGAAAGUCUACCUCAAGUGUCAACUCCAGUCACUCCCACUUCCAGGGUAUUAUUGAGGCCACAACGUCGUCAGAAUGUGUCCUUACUUCGAGCUUUACACACAUGCUAUGCAAUACAAUUUUAUAGCAUAGGAAUAUUAAAGCUUAUAUCAGAUAUGGCUGGCUUUGCCGGGCCUUUAUUAUUAAAUAAAUUAGUUACAUUUGUUGAAGAUGAAAGUAUUGAUCAACAUUUAGGAUAUGCAUAUGCUGGUGGCCUUCUUGUUGCUACAGUAGUGAGUGCAGUUUUCAAUGUCCAUUUUAAUUGGCUAAUGUCAUUAAUAGGAAUAAAAAUGCGUGGUGCUAUGGUUUCAAUAAUAUUAAGAAAAACAUUAAGUGUGACUUCAACAGAACUUACAAAGUCAUUUUCUGUUGGAGAAAUUACAAACUUCAUGUCAACUGACACGGACAGAAUUGUUAAUUCAUGUCCAAGCUUUCAUGCACUCUGGAGCAUACCUUUACAGUUGGUUAUAACACUGUUUUUAUUGUACCAACAAGUGGGGGUGUCAUUUCUGGCCGGUGUUGCUUUUUCAGUUAUUCUUAUACCUAUAAACAAAUUCAUUGCCAACAAAAUAGGUCAACUGAGCACAGAGUUGAUGAGGCAUAAAGAUUCUAGAGUUAGUUUAAUCAGUGACAUACUCAGAGGUAUCAGGACAAUAAAGAUUCAUGUUUGGGAGGAUUAUUUUAUAAACAGAGUAGGAGAGGUGAGAGGCAAGGAGUUGUACUACCUGCGCGGGCGCAAGUACCUGGACGCGAUCUGCGUGGUGUUGUGGGCGACCACGCCCGUGCUAGUGGCAGCACUUACGCUCGGCACGCACGCGCUGCGCUUGCAGCCGCUAGAUGCCCCGACGGUAUUUACUACUGUGGCAUUAAUAAACAUGCUUAUAGCUCCAUUGAACGCGUUCCCUUGGGUACUCAAUGGACUAACUGAAGCAUGGGUAUCCAUAAAAAGGAUACAAAAAUUUUUAGAUCUUCCAGACAUGGACUCGGAUCGGUACUACGAUCGUGUAAAUACAAAUCAUGACGAAGAUAAAAUUCUGAUAUUUAAGAACGCUACGUUUACAUGGGCCAAGCCCGCCACUCAUCCGACACCACAGAUAAAAUCUAAAAAAAAUAAAGGCAAAUCAACUAAGAGGCUGUCGAAACGGAACAUUCAACAAGAUUCUACUUCGUCGUCUGACUCACAAGUGCAAGUUCCUUUCGUAUUGAGAGAUAUAUCAUUGGAGAUAGGUCGAGGUGAACUGGUGGGCAUUGCUGGUAACGUCGGCAGCGGAAAGACAUCACUCCUGCACGCCGUACUCGGGGAAAUGAUCAAAGUCAAUGGAGACCUGCAGAUACCUGAAAAUUUAAAUAGUUUUGGAUAUGUAUCUCAACAAUCAUGGCUGGUUCGCGGCACCAUACGAGACAACAUACUAUUCGGGAAACCAUACGACGAGACUAAGUUUCGUUCUGUUGUUGAUGCUUGCGCACUAACAGAGGAUCUGAACAUUCUGGGCUGGAACGCAUACGUAGGGGAAGGAGGCUGCACACUGAGCGGCGGUCAACGAACUCGGAUCGCCUUAGCUCGAGCAGUUUAUCAGGACAAAGAAGUGUACUUGUUGGACGACAUCCUGUCGGGUGUGGACGCGCGCGUGGCGGCGCACAUAGUGCAGCGCUGCGUGCUGGGCGUGCUGCGACAUCGCACGCGGCUGCUGGUCGCGCACUCGCCCCGACACCUCGCGCGCGCGCACCGCGUCAUACUGCUGCAUCAUGGAAAACUUAUCGCACAUGGUCCCCCGGAACUAGUUUUAAAUGAGAUUGAGGAGUUUCUUCCCAGUGAAACUGAUACAUUGGGCGAGGAACCCAUCACAGAGAGAGAGCAUAAUACCGUAGAAGAAUCUUUGGACAACAUUAGCAGACAAAGCUUGGACAAUGAGGAAACAAUGUCGAUAGGUUCAGUUGGUUGGUGGGUUAUAUGCUUAUAUUUGCGAUCUGUUGGCCUCUUCCUAUCAGUGGCUAUUGUGAUAUCACUCAUAUUGAUGCAACUCUCUCAGAACUACACCUUCCUCUGGCUAACGUUUUGGAUUAAAAACCGAGCGGCCAACUCGACCAGCCUCAAUACAAAUACAUUACUCGAAAGUCCGCACGAAACUCAAACAGUAAUGGACCACGGAUUCAAUAUUAUGGAUAACGUUAUACAACGCAUAUUAAAUGGUUCUUUACCAAUUCUUCAUAAUGAUGAAGUAACAGUAACUAAAUCAACCAAUAUCCCUGAUUUGAAACUUACACUUAGAUAUGAUGAUAAUUUUUAUUUGGAGAUGUAUUUUGUGUUGGCCGGUCUGAAUUUGUUGUUCACUGUGAUGCGAGCGUUUCUAUUCGCAUACGGAGGGGUCAAGGCCGCUGGAAGAAUACAUAGGAUACUUGUUAACGUUAUUAUUAGAGCUAAAGUGAAGUUUUUCGACGUCACACCUACGGGUAGGAUUAUGAAUAGAUUUUCUUCAGAUACGUAUACAAUCGAUGACUCGUUGCCGUUCAUACUCAACAUUCUAUUGGCUCAGGUGUUCGCUUUGAUCGGAGGUGUGGCGGUGACAGUGUACGGGCUGCCGUGGCUGGCGGUGGCGCUGCUGCCGCUGGCGCUGGCGUACCACCACCUGCAGCGCCGGUACCGCGCCGCCUCCCGCCAGCUUAAGCGCCUGCAGAGCGUCGCUCUCUCACCUGUUUACGUACACUUUAACGACACGCUAGAAGGUCUGACGGUGGUGCGUGCGCUGGGCGCGUGCGGGCGGUGGGGCGAGCGCGGCGAGGAGCUGUGCGAGGGGUGGCAGCGCGCGGCGCUGUGCGGGGCGGCGGCGGCGCAGUGGCUGGCGCUGCGGCUGCAGGCUGCCGCCGCCGCCACCGUCGCCGCCGCCGCGCUCAUCGCAGUGCUGCAGCGCGCCACGCAUGCUGCAGACCCGGGUCUGGUAGGUCUGGCAAUAUCAUACGCGCUGUCGCUGACCUCAGUGCUGAGCAGCGUGCUCAACUCCUUCACAGAAACUGAGCGCGAAAUGAUCGCCGUCGAACGUGUCGGCGAGUACAUCACGCAGGUGGAAAGCGAAAAGAUAGACGGUGACCCGCCGCCGUACGGCUGGCCCUCGCACGGUGUUAUCAGCUUCGAAGAUGUUUACCUUAACUACAACGGGGAGCGUUCGUGCGCGGCGCUGUGCGGGGUGACGUUUGCGAGCCGGCCGGGUGAGCGGCUGGCGGUGGUGGGCCGCACGGGCGCCGGCAAGAGCUCGCUGCUGCGUGCCCUGCUGCGCCUCGCCACCCCCGCCGCUGGCCGCGUGCUGCUCGACGGCGUCGACGUCGCCACGCUGCAUCUGCACGCGCUCAGGUCUCGACUGGGCGUGAUACCGCAGGAGCCGUUCAUCUUCUCCGGCAGCGUGCUGGAGAACGUGGACCCGCUGCGGCAGCACGGUGAGGCGGAGGUGUUGCGCGCGCUGACGGCGUGCGGCGCGCGUGAAGCUGUGGACGCCCGAGGCGGUCUGCACGCGCCCGCAGCGAACCUGGCUCGCGGGCACGCUCAGCUGCUCUGCCUCGCGCGCGCCCUCCUGCAGCGGUCCAAGGUGUUGCUAGUAGACGAGGCGACGGCCAACUUGGACCAGGAGGCGGAGCGUGUGAUAUUAGAGACGAUCAGAUGCUCGUUCGCGGGUAGCACGGUGGUGUACGUGGCGCACCGCGCGGCCGGCGUGCUGCAGUGCGAGCGCGUGCUCGUGCUUGCCGCCGGGCGCGCGCUCGAGCUGCGCGAACCGAACGACGCGCUCGCCGACACAGAUUCGCAUCUCUACAAGCUGCUCAACCCACAACACGAUUGAACACAAAACACAAAGUAUUGACAAAGCUAUAAACAAGUCAGUAUCAAUAAUAAAUGUUUUCGGUUUCAGAUCUGGACUAAGUUUUGCUUACAUCAUUGAUUUCCUAAGUUACCAUAAUUUUCAAGAUUAGUAAUGUUGAUCCGUUCUUGACUUAAAGCGAAACAAGACUACGGACCUGGCUUAGAUAUUGAGGCCAAAUGACAUUAACAUGGAUGCAUGGUCCAGAAAUAUUUUAGGACUUGUGUGUUCUAGUUGAGACUGACAGUUGUCUGUAAUUAUUAUAAUUUACAACGAAAUGAACAUAACAUUUAUAUUUUUUUUAAAUAAUAGUUGUUG